UUCGGGAUUUACUUGUAAAGGAGCUUUCAGAGGAGAUCGUGGGAUAUUCUGUGUCCAAACAUGCCUGUUAGAAGAGGUCACGUUGCGCCACAAAACACUUUCCUUGGAAUUAUUAUCCGGAAAUUCGAGGGUCAGAAUCGUAAAUUUGUCAUAGCCAAUGCCAGGGUGGAGAACUGUGCAAUCAUAUACUGCAACGACGGCUUCUGCGAGAUGACAGGCUUCUCCAGACCGGACAUCAUGCAGAAGCCGUGCACCUGCGACUUCCUCCACGGUGACCUGACCGACAAAGAGGCCAUCAGCCAGGUGUCCCAGGCCGUGCUCGGGUCAGAGGAGCGCAAGGUGGAGAUCACCUACUACCGCAAGGAUGGAACUGACUUUCAGUGCACCACUCACGUCAUCCCAGUGAAGAAUGAGGAGGGCGUUGUGAUGAUGUUUAUCUUGAAUUUCGAAUAUGUGGUGGAUGAGGAGAGUGACAACUCCACUGAGAAGAUAAGCCCCACAUCCCCUACAAAGUCAGAUCAAAGGCGGAGUAGAUUCUUCCGCUUCCGUCAGGCUGCUUUGAGCCUAAUGAACACCAACAAGCAAUCUCUUCCACAAGAGGACCCUGACGCUGUGAUGGUGGACUCGCCCAAAGAGAACGAGGACUCAGUCGCCCUGCAGGACUUCCCCUCCCCCACUAAGAGCAUUUUCAGUCCCAUUGAGGCCAAUGACACGCACGGCCUCAUAGGCUCCAGCCACCACUCGUCCCAGGCCAGCAUCGGUCCUCAACCAAUUGACCAUUCGUCCCCUAAGCUCCCCUGGGAGAAGCUGUACCAGACGGAGCCCCACCAGUCAUCCACUACCCUAUCAAACACCUUCCCCAGAGGCAGCAUCAACAGCAUGAGGCGAGCCUCAUCCGUCCAUGAAAUUGAAGGCUACAGCUCCAAUUCCAAAAGUGUUUUCAGGGAUCGACAUACAAGUGAAGACAGUGGUAGCCGUGUCCUAGGCCCUUUUAAUCACGUGAAGUCCAGCCUGCUGGGCUCGACCUCAGACUCCAACAUCAACAAGUACAGCACCCUCAACAAGAUCCCUCUGAUAGCACUCCACUUCUCUGAGACGACAGAAAAGAAGCCCCAUUCCCCGCCGACAUCGGAGACCGCCAUCAUCGCACCAAAAGUCAAAGACAGAACUCACAAUGUCACCGAAAAAGUCACUCAGGUCCUGUCUCUCGGAGCCGAUGUCCUUCCUGAGUACAAACUCCAGACGCCCCGCAUUGACAAGUUCACCAUCCUCCACUACAGUCCAUUCAAAGCUGUGUGGGACUGGCUAAUCCUGCUGCUGGUCAUCUACACGGCAAUCCUCACUCCUUACUCUGCUGCUUUUCUUCUCAAUGACCAAGGGGAGCAGAAGCGGCGUGAAUGUGGAUAUUCAUGCAGCCCGCUUAACGUUGUGGAUUUAAUGGUGGACAUCAUGUUUAUCAUUGACAUCCUCAUAAACUUCAGGACCACUUAUGUGAACCAAAACGAGGAGGUGGUUAGCGAUCCGGCUAAGAUAGCAAUCCAUUAUUUUAAAGGCUGGUUCCUUAUAGACAUGGUGGCUGCAAUCCCCUUUGACCUUCUUAUCUUUGGCUCGGGAUCUGAUGAGACCACCACUCUGAUUGGCCUGUUGAAGACCGCUCGGCUCCUGCGACUGGUCCGUGUAGCCAGGAAACUGGACCGCUACUCGGAGUACGGCGCUGCUGUCCUCAUGCUCCUCAUGUGCAUCUUCGCUCUCAUCGCCCACUGGCUGGCCUGCAUUUGGUAUGCCAUCGGCAAUGUGGAGAAGCCAUAUUUGGAGCAUAAGAUUGGCUGGCUGGACAAUCUGGGCGUGUCUAUUGGAAAGAGAUACAACUACAGCGAUCCAAACUCUGGCCCGUCUAUCAAGGACAAGUACGUCACAGCACUUUACUUCACUUUCAGCAGUCUGACCAGCGUGGGCUUUGGAAAUGUUUCCCCUAACACCAACUCAGAGAAGAUCUUUUCCAUCUGCGUCAUGCUGAUUGGCUCCCUCAUGUACGCCAGUAUUUUUGGAAACGUCUCAGCCAUCAUCCAGAGGCUGUACUCAGGUACGGCCCGCUAUCAUGCUCAGAUGUUACGGGUCAAGGAGUUCAUACGCUUCCACCAGAUCCCAAACCCACUGAGGCAGAGGCUGGAGGAGUACUUCCAACACUCGUGGACCUACACCAACGGCAUCGACAUGAACACGGAGGUGUUAAAAGGUUUUCCUGAGUGCCUUCAGGCGGAUAUCUGCCUUCACCUCAACAGAAACGUUCUUCACAACUGCAAAGUUUUCCGUGGAGCCACCAAAGGCUGCCUGAGGGCGCUGGCCAUGCACUUCAAAACCACUCACGCCCCUCCUGGGGACACCCUGGUCCACAGUGGGGACGUGCUCACUGCUCUCUACUUCCUGUCCCGUGGCUCUAUAGAGAUCCUGAAAGACGACAUUGUGGUGGCCAUACUGGGAAAGAAUGACAUCUUCGGAGAGAUGAUCCAUCAGUUUGCCAAGCCGGGAAAGUCCAGCGCUGAUGUGCGAGCGCUGAGUUACUGCGACCUGAGCACCAUUCAGAGAGAAGAUCUGCUGGAGGUGCUGGACAUGUACCCGGAGUUUGCUGACUACUUCUUUAACAACCUGGAGCUGACCUUCAACCUCAGAGACGAUUCUGCUAAGGCCUCAGGUUCCCAAGACUGUGACUCAGAUGACGGGGAAGGCAGUAAAAGCAUGAAAAGAAGAAUUUCUUUUACACCAGAUCCAAAUAAAGGGGAAAACAAGGAAGUCGCUGAAGACACGGGAGGGAAGAGGGAGUCCAGCCUGUGCCUAAAGAGAUCGUCUGAAGUCCUGGGUCCGUCUCCACCCAGUCCUGCAGUUCUGGAGUCAAGUCUUAUUGUUAGAGACAGCUUGGGAAGGAGACCGUCAUUUGAAGAUCUGUGCUGUGAUAAAUGGGCCUGUAAGAAACCUACAGACUUCUUGGAUGAGUCAGCACACUUUCAGGACCUGAGAGAGGACGAUAAUUCUGCCAGCGAUAUCAUGUAUGGAGAGGUGGAACAGCGCUUAGGUCAGCUUCAGGAGCACCUCAACAGGCUGGAGUCUCAGCUGGUGUCAGACAUGCAGACAAUACUCCAGCUGCUUCAGAGACAGCCGGCACUGGGACCUCCAGCUUACAGCACUGUGACAGCCAGUCCAGACUAUCACAGACCUGCAGUGAAGGUUCAGCCUGUCGCGCUGACGACAAGCCAUUUCUUCAGCCAUACAGGAACUCAAGGCGCCAACCUCAAACUGGAGCGAGCGAUUCAGGAAUCCAAAGACUCUGUGUCGAGCUUGGCCAACGUGAAUGCCCCCAUGGAGGACAGCCUUACAGCACUGCUUGUACAAAGACAUACAGAUCCACAACAGCAGCGACAGCAGCAUCGGAUCCCAGGACAUGUACAGUCUACGCUGCUCCUACUCCCAACGGAAACUUCCUCCAACUCCUCCUUCUCCUCCUCCCCCUCUCCCUCUGACUCCCACUUCAGUGCCGCUGGACUCCACAGAUCGGUGUCAGACCCAGAGUGUCCGAGGCCGUGA